AUGAUAUGGGUCGCGGGAUUUUUUGCGGCUUUGUCUCAAAUCACUUACCCUUCUGUAAGUUCAUUCCUUUCGUUACACUGUGACGGAGACAAGCAAGGCGCUGCCCAAGGCAUGUUGGCCGGGAUUCGAGGGCUUUGCCAAGGUUUGGGACCGGCUCUGUUCGGACUCAUAUUUUACGUCUUUAACGUCGAUCUCAGUUCGACGGAAAGGAGCCCUUCGCCGAUAUUCACGUACACUUCUCGGCAUGGCAAUGCCGUUCGCGAUCAGUUGUUUACACCUGUUUGGAACGGUUCUUCUUCCGUGGCCACUGCGAGUCUUAGUGAGAAAUCGGGUGUGGCAGGUCCGCCUUUUAUCGUCGGUGCGCUGUUGGUCUCUUUGGCAAUAUUCGCAGUCCGAUGGUUGCAGUCGGUGCCACAUUUUCGAAACAUGCCUUCCAAAGUGAUCAGACUGUCGUCAGACGUUAGAAGGCAGUCGUUGAGCUACAGCCCCCUCAUCAAGCACAACAGCCAAACCGAGCUGUUCGUGCCCCGCAGUCGCGUUUCUCCGUCGACACUGUCCGUUUUGCGAGAUAGCGUCGACGGUUCAGCUGAACGCUCCUUGAACGACUUUUAA